AUGGCUUUGGCUGGAUCCGUGGGAGCGGCUUGCCCCCCCUUCCUUUCCAAGGGCCCAGAGCCAGCAACAAACGCCAACUUUGCCAACAUCUCUCGACCUCCAACCUUGAAAUCAAUGCACAAGUGUGGAUUGACGGAUGGCUGGAUGGAUGGAUGGAUGAAUGGAUGGAUGGCUGGAUGGGACGUGUGCGUGGUAUGGGAUGGAAUGGUCUGGUCGGGUAUGGUGUGCAGACAAUUGCAGCAUGUCGUUUGCCUGCAUCUCAUGAGUAUGAGUGGUGCUGCUACCACACCGCUAGUGGCCGCCCAACAGCACAACGCACCAGACAAGACCAGACAGACAGAAGCAACGGCAUCCGGAUGGAUGUCAUGUCAUGUCAUGUCAUGGGGGCAGCUCCAGGCAGCUCCAAGUAGAGCUGCUAACAUUGAAGGAGCAGCGGGAGACUAA